AUGACUCUCAGCCGUUUACCAGCCGCAGAUUCUACAAACACUCACCGAUCCUCUCUCUCCACCGUGGCUGGAACCGAUCAUCUCAAACGGAAAUUCGACGAUUACGCCUCGUCGUCACCUGGUAACGGCGUUGAUCUCCUCCAGAGGAUGAAGAGGCACGAGGUCGACGCCGAUCACACCGCUUCGUCUCAGAAACCGUUUAAUCGUCCGGGAAUCGACCAGAUUUUUCCGUUACCUUCCGCCGCGGAGUGUUCCUCUUCUUCUUCUCCCGAGUCGUCGGAUCGUUCCGAGUCGACUCGGUUGCAGCUCUUCGUCAGGAUGAUGUGCGGGAAAUCGCUGGUGAUCCACGCCGAUAGAAACGACACCGUCGAGAAUCUCCAUCAGAGAAUCGAGUGUAAGACUAGGAUUCCGGUGAAGGAGCAAAGAGUCAUCUACAAAGGCAAGCAGCUACAGAACGAACAACUGCUCAGCCACUACUCGAUCGAGCAAGACGCCUCGCUCCAGCUCGUCGGCCGGAUGCAGAGCACGGAGCAUCCGGUGGCUUGGCAGACGGUGGACGACAUCAUGCACACAGUCUCUCGGAUGCACAGAGGCGAGAAGCUCUACGGAGGUAGCACAAACAUCAACGCCAAGCUCGUUGCGUUCUUCUCAAUGAUUCCGAAAGAUAACAGAGACGCGAUUGUGACUUACGUGAGGAUCUUCUCAAGCUCUUCGGUGCCAGCUGCUCUGGUGAUGCUCUACGUUUCUACAUUAGACAUCAACAAAUCUUGCGCCAAGAGCGCCAUUAAGCUCUUCUUGAACAGCUGCAUAGCGUUACCUAAGAAUCAGCAGCUCUGUUGUUUGCAGCUUGUGUUGGAGUUCUGUAGAUUACUUAGGAGAUUCUCCCCUGAGAACAAGCUCUACGUGACUUGCCGGAGUACGCUGGGAACAAUGCUGGAGCCGCUUGGUAUCGGUGGGAAUGUCAUCCACCGUGAGUCUUUCUCUAUUGGGGAGGAGAUCUUCCCGUUUUUCAAGGAGUUGGCUGAUCUUAUGGUGAAGGAGCUUCGCCAGAACACAGGGCCUAGUUUGUGUGACGUUCAUAAAUUCUCUUCCUUUUGGAAAGCCUUGAGGAACUCCAUCAAGUUGCUGGUUUCCAACAGACCAAUUGCUCUGCCUCUGCGGAAUAUGGUGUUGGAGGUGGAGUUGGGAGAGCUACACCGGUUGUUCGAGACCUUGUUGAAGACAAUGGACACUUGUAUGUUGAGAAUCGAAGCUUCGCUGGGAAGAAGAGGAAUUGGCGGCAACAGCGCUGAAGAGAUGUCUUCAACGUGGUCUCAGUAUCUUGCUAUUCUGAAGAUUGUCAAUUCAAUGUCUGGACUCUAUCUAGGUGCUAAGGAACAGGUGGCUCAUCUUUUGAAUUCCAGGAAGGUUUCGUUCAGCGCCAUCGUUGUGAAAUUUGCGAAGAGAGACGAUGAUCACAGUUGGAUCUUUGACUACAAGGAAGCUACCACCUUUGAGUCUAGGAGGCAUUUGGCUAUGCUGUUGUUCCCUGACGUGAAGGAAGACUUUGAGGAGAUGCACGAAAUGCUCAUUGAUCGGUCCAAUUUGCUAGCAGAGUCGUUUCAGUACAUAUCCGGGGCAGCCCCUCAUUCACUUCAUGGUGGACUGUUUAUGGAAUUCAAGAACGAGGAAGCUACAGGUCCUGGUGUGCUUAGAGAAUGGUUCUAUUUGGUAUGCCGAGAGAUAUUCAAUCCGCAAAAUGCCCUCUUCCUUCGUUCUGCUGAUGAUUUGAGAAGAUUCUCUCCAAACACAGCAUCAAAGGUGGAUCCAUUGCAUCCGGAUUUCUUCAAGUUCGCAGGCCGUGUGAUUGCGUUAGCUCUGAUGCACAAAGUCCAAGUGGGUGUGCUAUUCGAUCGUGUGUUCUUCUUACAAUUAGCCGGACAAAACAUUUCCUUGGAAGAUAUCAAGAACACGGAUCGAAUCAUGUACAACAGCUGCAAACAGAUUCUAGAAAUGGAUCCAGUCUUCUUCGACUCAAACGCCGGUCUCGGUCUGACAUUCGUGUUGGAAACCGAGGAGCUCGGGAAAAGAGAAACAAUAGAGCUAUGUAAAGACGGGAAGUCCCGUGCCGUCGACAGCAAGAACAGGGAAGAGUACGUUGACUCCUUAAUCAAACAUCGGUACGCCAAAUCGAUCUCCGAGCAAGUAAUGCAAUUCUCUAAAGGUUUCAUGGAUAUUCUUUCGUCUGGACCGCCUGAAUCCUUCUUCGGGAGACUAAACCUAGAGGAUCUCGAUGGGAUGCUUCGAGGAGGAGAGCACAUGUUAAGCAUUGAUGAUUGGAAAGCGCACACUGAGUACAACGGAUUCAAAGAGACCGAUCACCAGAUAGACUGGUUCUGGCAGAUUCUGAAGAAGAUGACGGAGGACGAGCGGAGGAGGAUACUCUUCUUUUGGACGUCGACGAAGUUUAUACCAGUGGAAGGGUUUAGAGGAUUAUCGUCAAAGCUUUAUAUUUACAGAUUGUUUGAGGGUAAUGAUCGUCUUCCAGUGUCUCACACUUGCUUUCACCGUCUCUGUUUACCAAAGUACCCGACGAUUGGUCUCAUGGAACAACGACUUCGAAUCAUCGCUCAAGAUCAUGUCAGCUCCAGUUUCGGUAAAUGGUGA